UUUGUCUGUAUCCCAAUUUUGAGUCAGACUGGUUCUAUUUCCAGUCAAACACCGGCAUCUCCACAUCAUUAGCUUAAAAUUGAAAUCAUGGAUUGGGGUGGGGUCUCUUCCCUUCAAAACUGAACAAUCAAUUAAGAGUUUUGCACGCCGAGUUAGAUUUUUGUUGGGUGCGAGAGUGGAGGAACAUGAAGAAAAAGGUGUAAUUGGAAUCAGGAUCUAAAGUAUUUGGACGAAAACGAAUGACUCAAUCCACCUCUUAGUUCUGGUAUUUCUAUUUAGGGUUGGCUUGAAACCUGGCUGCAGGGAUUCAGUGGUUACCUGGUGUACUUAUUUGGAGUGGAGUUUUCUUUUGAAAGUUGGAAAUGUGAAUACUUGUUCAGGCAUAUAUUAGGACGCAUUCUCUCCCACCCCCGUCCCUCCCCUUAGUCCAACGGGGCGGAGGUCCUUCUCGGAUUCUCGGCGCCCGAAAAUCCCGAAGGCCCGUAGUUGCCAUGUGGUGCCCACGUUGCUGCCUGUCUGCAGUGCGGUUGAACGCUGCGAGGAUGAGCGGCGCCGCUUCGGUUGUCGGCGGGAGCGACAAGCGCAAGAAGAUCGAGGAAGAGGAGGAGGAGGAGUCGGCACUCGGGCUUCAGGGUCACGGUCAACCGCCGACUAAAAAGCUGAGAAACAAGAAAGGCAAGGGCGACCGCUACGUGCCCCCUCCCGGGAAGAAGAAUCUGGGCAUCAGCUUCGGGCAUCAGCAUUUCAACGAGACCCAGUAUUACUUUGAGAAUGGAUUGAGGAAGGUCUUUCCAUACUACUUUGAUUUCCAGACAUACUGUAAAGGCCGCUGGGUUGGAAAGACACUGCGGGAAGUGUUCAGCUCUGAGUUCCGCAUUGAACCAAUCGAGUAUUACAGCCAGGCUGCUAAAGCUGGCCGAAUCCGUCUUAAUGAGGAAACUGCAGACCUUAAUACAGUCCUAAAGAACAAUGAUUUCAUGAGGAACACAGUGCACAGGCAUGAGCCUCCUGUUACUGAUCAGCCAUUAACGAUACUGACCCAGAACCAGGAAGUCGUGGUGGUGGAUAAACCGGCUUCCAUUCCUGUGCACCCCUGUGGCCGGUUCCGACAUAACACUGUCAUCUUUAUACUGGGAAAAGAGCAUGGCCUGACAGAGCUGCACACUAUUCACCGUCUGGACAGGCUCGCCUCUGGGGUCCUCAUGUUCGCCAAGACAGUCGAGGUCUCGAAGAAAAUGGACCAGCAAGUCCGAGAGAGACAGGUGGAGAAGGAAUAUGUGUGUCGAGUGCAGGGCGAGUUUCCAGAUGGUGAAAUUACCUGCGAGGAACCCAUCCUCACCAUCUCCUACAAGGUCGGUGUGUGCCGAGUGCACCCCAAGGGGAAACCGUGCAAGACCGUUUUCCAGAAACUGAGCUAUAACGGCGUGUCCAGUGUAGUGCACUGCUCCCCUUACACUGGACGCACCCACCAGAUCCGGGUCCACCUCCAGUACCUGGGUCAUCCCAUUGUGAAUGAUCCCGUCUAUAAUACCGAGGCCUGGGGACCUAAUAGGGGCAGAGGGGGAACACUAGACAAAACGGACGAUGAGCUGCUGAAGACGUUGGUGGACGAUCACCGGUUGAAAGAGAGCCUAGAUCUCUUGGAAGUGGAUCACCAUUGCACUGGUGAGGAUGACCACAAAGGGAGCACCAACUUCACGCCACCCCACGUGGACGAAACUGAGCCUUCUGCAGACAAGAAGAGCAACGGGGCUGAGGAGGGAACGGGGAAGGCUAGCGACGACAACUCUUUGGAGCCCACAGCCAGUGAGCGCGAAGUGAAGCCUGUGCCUGUGAAGGACAAUCUGUGCGGCGAGUGCAAGCUGCUGAGGAAGGACCCAUCUGCGAAAGACCUGAUCAUGUAUCUGCAUGCCCUGAAGUACAAGGGAUUGGACUGGGAGUACAGCUCACCACUGCCCAACUGGGCUACAGCUGACUGGCAAGAGGACUGAGGUACACACCACAAGCACAGUGUGUGUGUAAAACCUUCCCAGGCCUGAACAUUCAGUAACUGGGGUAGAUGUCUGGGGGAGAGAAGGAAAUGGCACCUCAUAUUAAUGCAGGGGUAUCUGAAAGGUACAGUUGUUUCCUGAGAGAGAGAGACCACCAGGCUGUAUAUUUAUGACUGUGCAACUGAAGUUAGACAUGCAAACACUGUCUGCUCUCAGUCUGAGUGACAUUUUAUGGAUCAGAUGAUUCCCUUCCUCUGAGAUGCCACUGGGAUACUGCACUUUCCUUUUGUACAUGAAUAAAAGUUUAAAUCACGGUUUAAAACAG